AUGCGGCUGGCAAGCCUGUUGCUGCUUACGCUGCCCCCGGCAGCGCAAGCAUUCCGUGCUGCCCCGACUCCCGCCAGCGCGCUUGCCUCGGACUUCCGCGGACCGCUCCCUGCUUCGCAGCAGCGGGCGGCCUCGAACGAGGCAGCAGGACUGAUCCCGCCGUCUGCUCAGCAUCGGAGUAUGCCAGGCGCGCAGAUGAGCGCGCCGGGCGCGGAUCACAUGGGAGUUGGCGAACUGCUGCGCGAGUACGGCCUCGUUGCGAUUCUCUUCCACUUUUCCGUCUGGAUCACCUCGCUUGCCGCUGUCUACGCCGGCGUCUCGCUCGCUGGGCCGGAGGUGCUUUCGGGGCUGCCGGACUGGAUCCCCGGCGAGGCGCAGUCGGGCGGCCAGCUUGCCGUCGCCCUCGGUGUCGUCGAGGUCGUCGGCCCCGCCCGACUCGCCCUCACCGUCGCCGCUACGCCGGCCAUCUCAAGGCAGGCCCGCCGCAUCCCACUCGCGCGCCUUGCGCUGCUCAAGGCGGAGCGCGUGGGUCGGAGGGUGCUCGAAAGGAUGUCUUACGGCUAA